CAUUUUCCACGGAACACCGGUACACGUUCCACGUAUCCACGAAAUACAGGGGUCCCUUAUUUAACAACGUCUUUCCUUGAGAUAAUUCUUGGUCAACUGACACCAUUUUCAAACGUCACCAUGCCUAAAAUGUCUGAAACCAAAUCUCUCGUUAAAUUGUGUACAAAAUGUAUUACAAAUGCUAUUGAAAGUAGUAAGUUUGCAGCUGACCCUUUGGCAGUUAAGGAGUAUGGUGAUGUGACCACUGUCAAUUCUAUAUUUAUCUGCAAUCCGAUUCAUCAAUUACCUGCUGUGCUUGUGGAGGAAAUCAUGCAAUCUUUCAUCAGCUCCCAAAAACUUAAACAUCCAAAUAUUCUAAGUUAUCUCGUCACCCCAGAAAUUCAACGUUUAACUUUUCCUGUGUACUUUGAUGGUUACUUGAGUUUUUUCCCCAAGCUUGAGAAUUUGCAUAUAUUGAACCUUCCAAAAACGCUAGUGGAUGACAGCUGUUUACAAAAUAUUGGGAUUUAUUGUUCUCAAUUAAGGUCACUCGAUUUAAAUUUUUGCAGUUACGUGACAGACGAUGGAAUUCGACGGCUUUGUGCUGGUGUGGAUUUUCCGGGAUUGGGGAAAUCAAAACUUUGCAAGACCAUCCAAAAAUUAAGAAUUGUUUUUACUAGUGUUACAAAGCAAGGAAUUCAAGUUGCGCUACAAAAUUUGUUGUCCUUGAAGGUCCUUGAAAAUAUUUAUAUUGUAGAUGCAUUGGUAGAGUUGGCCCAAUCAGCGAUAGAUUCAAAGCAGCCCGGUCGUUAUAAUAAUAUGUUCUCAAUCUCUACCUUGUACACUUCUGAUGCACCCUACAAAGACAACAGUCUUCCACUAGCGCUCUCCUUAUGCCAUUCAAUUAAUAAUGUUUCAAUUUGUGUCACAAAGGACCUCAAAGACAGGGACCUUUUAUGUUUAUUGUCCAUUAAGUCCCUUCAUAAAAUUGACAUUUAUAGGUCUAGAUUGUGGGUAGGCCUACCAAACGAAACUGGAAUCACGUUUGAUGGUUGUGUGGUUCCACUUCUCAAAGUAUUUGGAAGAUCUUUGAAGACUCUUAUGUUGGAAAGUUUACAUUUAGUCUGUAUUUCCAGCAUAAUCGAAUUUUGCCCAAAUUUAACUACUUUGUACAUCGGCGGUGUCUUGGGCUCGUUUAAGAAAGAAAGUGACCUCUUCAAGAUCGAGAAGAAGCCGCCUGCAAUUUUGAAAGAACUGAAAGUGUUAUAUUGUGUUUCAUAUAUUCCAGUCGAUAUUAUUAUGCUACUAUUGUCAUCUCCUUUGCUUAACACCAUUGGAAUUUAUCGAUGCGUUGAGCUCACUGAUGAUGUCUUGUUGAAGACCGUCAAAUAUCACCAGUUUGAGCACCUUAAAAAGCUUGAACUAGUUUAUUGUAGUUCAGUGACGGGUAGUGGUAUCGAAGCGUUUUUGGUUAAUGGCUGCAAUUCUCUAGAAACCAUGAACCUCAAUGGGUGUACAAAUCUUAGGUUCCAAACCUAUACGGAUUUGUGUUCCCUUAUUGCCAAGAAAAAUUGGGAUUUGAAUAUUUCCAUAAAAUAAAUGUACAAAUUUUGCAUUCCGAA